AUGGCGGCACGGGUGAAUCCACCUAAAAAGGUCCGGCUGGCUUGUCGACGUUGUCGCACAAGACGCAUCAAGUGUGACGGAGAAGUCCCAGCUUGUACAAACUGCGCAAAAGCCGGCGAGACUUGCCUAGACGUCGAUAGUCAGAACUCGGGCCUGUUGGUCCCUCGCAACUUCGCGAGUGCCGCGCGUGCCAGGAUCCAGUGGCUCGAAAACAUCAUCAUACAACGACUCCCUGAUGUCGACAUAUCGCAGGGUCCGCAAAUCGACGCGUUCCCGGACCCGAAAGGCUCCGUCAGCGGCGGAGGAGGCUUCGGAGGAUGCAUCGGGGUUGGCGGCGGAGUUGCGGCGGAGCACGACGAUGACGCCGCGUCGACGGCGUCUCUCCGCUCCGGCCGCCGCGAGAGCAGUCAGAAGCCGGCGGGACGGCCGUUGAGCCUAGGGCCCCCCCAGCGCAUAGGACUCAAGAGGCCGGCCGAGGCCGUGGACCCCUCGUUCGACCCGGAAGAGCAGUUCCCGGACCGCGCGCAAGCGGUCGCCAUGAACCUCGGCAUGCUGUCCCUGAACUCGGACUCGAGCCAGAAGCACUACCUGGGGUCGAGCUCCGGCGUGCUGUUCACGAAUCUGAUCGGCGUGACCCCCUCGAGCGCCGGGUCGACGCCGGCGACGCUGCUGGACGACGUCCAAGCCCAGGGCCCGUCUUCAGAGUGGCACGACGCGCCGUCUUGUGCGCCUGGUAACGUCUCGCAGCAAUACAACCGCUCGUUGCACAUUUUCCUUCGACAGGAACUACCCAAGAAAGAAGAUGCCGUCAAGCUGGUACACACUUAUAUCCGCUGGACGCACCCCGACUACCCGGUUCUGGAACCGAGCUCGCUUCUCAGCGCUCUAGACGCCAUCCACGCGACCUACUCGUGCUCGAUAGACGAGGAUCCUCUCCCCCAAGGGUGGCCCAGCUCGGUGCAGGCCUUUCGGUGGAACGGACGGCAGAGUACACUGGGCGGCGACCCGGCGGCCCACGCGGUACCCAUGCCCGUCGUGGCCUUUAUCCUGUUCAUGAUAUUCAACAUCGCGGCCAUCGUCAAAGUGAGGUCGUGGGUCUACGAGUUCCCGCCGGAGAGGUUUUACCGGGCCGCGCUGCACUUCUCCAAGGACUGCUUCUCGCAGAUAUCCCUCUCCUCGAUCCAGGCCCUGGUCACGUUGAUAGUCCACAGCAUGCUGACGCCCGCCGAGGUCAACCUGUUUACCCUCGUCCACAUCGGGCUCGCCCACUGCGUCGAGCUGGGGAUUCACCGGGAACCCCCUCCGGCCACGGAGCCGGACGACGUCAAGAACCAGCAAAUCAAGCGGUUGACAUUUUUCACCAUGUACUCUUUGGACAGGUCCAUCUCUUCGAUUCAGGGACGGCCACUCGGCUUCCGUGACGAGACGUUCGACGUCAAGAUGCCCGAACCACAGAGCCCCCGACGCCUGAGCGCGACCAGCAGCCCGAUGCUGUCCUCCUUCUCGGCCGCCGUCGUCAAGUUCGCGCGCUGCCAGUUCGAGCUGGACCGCAUCAUCUCGGAUAUCAAACUGCAGCUCUACCACCUCCCGUGCGACUCGGCCUGGUUCGCGCCGGCGCCGGACCCGACGCUGCCGCAGACGCGGAUCAAGGGCGAGCUCGUCGGAUGGUGGGACAGGGUGUCGAAGGAGCCCUUCAGCUUCCCCGGGCUCGACAACCGGCAGCGACGCAUGUGGCAGCUGAAGCUCAAGAUCAAGUACCACACCGCCAUGGUCAUGCUCUUCCAGCCCUCGCAGGCGGUGCGGAACCCGCCGCCCGAGUCCCUCCAUGUCUGCUUCGACAACGCGUCGUCCAUCCUCCAGGACUACCAGGCUCUGUACGAGAUGCAGGGCCUGCACCACGGGUGGCGCACGGUACAGAACAUCUUCGCCGCCGGGGCGACGCUCAUCUACUCGUUCUGGACGUGCCCCAUGGUCCGGCAGACGGCGUCGACGGCGGACCUGUCGAGGAGCCUGCGGGCUUGUUCGGGCCUGCUGACCGUCGGCGGCGAGUGGUGGCCGUCGGUGAAAAGGGGGCAUGGCAGCUUCGGCGCCAUUGUCGAUCUGACCAUCCGCAAGCUGUAUACGGGCAACGCGCCGUUCAAGAACCCACGGCUCUUCACGCCCCUCGCCUCGGACGAUGGACGGCACGCCAUGGAUCAUCAUCAGCAGCAGCAGCAGCAACAAGAACAGCAACAGCAGCAGCCACCGGAUGGAGCGCCUGUGGUCUACGACGCUUCUAAUCAUCAGGAAACGCUUUCGUCUCACAUGCAGCCUCUCAGCGGGACAGACGCCGCAUCCUGGCAACAGCAGCAGCAGCCGCAGCAGCAUAUGCAGGGAUCUUCCUUGGGCAUGGGCACGGCACAAGAUGCCGUGCAUUGGCAGGGAGUCUAUCGUUAUCCCGACGGAUCCUUUCAUCCAGCGGGAAACAACAGCAGCAGCGGCAACAACAACAACAAUAACAGCAACAACAACAACAACAACAACAACAGUGGCGACGACUAUGUCCCGGAGAUUGAAACUUUCUUGGCCGACUUUGACAGGUCUGAGUUUAGCUGGAGCUUCCCCCUGUCCGGCAUAAGCGAUCCGUACGACUUGGGAAACUUCCCCCACCAUGGCUACUGA